GAAGAAGACGACGAAGAAGAAGUAAACCCGCGAUACGUGAGCUCGAAGAACCAUAUAACAAUAUUUCAAAUUCAUAGCAGAAGGGUUUUACUGACAAUUAUUAUUUUGUAGAGAUUAAUAAGUAAUAUAUAUACACACACACACAUAUAUAUAUAUAUAUAUAUAUAUAGCACAUAAUGGGAAAUUGUACAUGAACGCGUGCGACGUUGUAAAACUACAAAACAAAUCCAGAGUUUAAAUGUUUCACUCACACAAGCUAGUUCGUUGUUUCUGAAGAAAGUGCAAGAAAAUGGAGGAGAUUGGGAUGGAGUCGGACUCAGCUGAAACGUCGGGAUGUUCACCACAACAAGGUGUUGCUGACGCUUGGGAAACUGUCACCGCAGCUUUGACGUCUCCUGGCUGCUCAGUGACGGAGCAGGGCCUCUCGGACUCAUUAGCCCUGCUGUGUAGUCAGGGUCUGGGUCAGCUGCUGAGCGGUUGGCUGUUGGAGACUUUACAAAUGCGUCUGUCCUCCUCUGUGGUUCCUGAGUUCUGGGCUGGACUCAAACAGCCAGAGAACGAGCUGGAGGAGAGAGGCAGGGCCUGGGUUCUCCUCACUGCUUUUCGGACUCUGUUAGGCCGACUGGACCCUUUCUUGGGUGGUUUGGAGAGGUUGGGGAUGUGGCAGGACGAGGGCCGCGGCAGUCUAUGUGGCCCUGGUCACAAGGGCCUUCAGGAGCGAGCCUUCACCAUCAUCAGGGCUCUUCUCCUCUUCUCCCCCUCCCCUGUUCUCCAGGAGAGAGUGCUGGAAUUUUACAGCAGGACCUUCUCUGUCUAUAUGAGCCAGGAGGGGCAGGCCGAGGAUGGGGCCGAGGUUCCAGACAGUGAUGAGCGAGUGGUCUGCCCAGGCUGCAGGGUCCCGACACAGCAGUGCUGGUGUAAGGAGGCCUUGGAGCAGCUGCAGGAGCUCAGCCACAUACUUUCCAAACUCCACCUGCUGGAGUGGGUCAGCUCCGAGGCUGUCACCUCCAUCCUCCACAAGCUCAUUGAGCAACGAAUGGAGCAGCACUGCAGGGGCGAGUACGAACGCUCUUUCCUGCUGGAGUUCCAGGAGUGGCUGGAGCUGGUGCUGGGCUGGCUGAGCAAAGUGUUUGCAAGUGAGGCGGACAGAGACGGUCUGGCACCUGCUCCUGGUGUUCCUGGUACCCCAAGUAUUCCCAGCAUUCAGACCGGCCAACCUGGCAGCAGCUCCGUCCUGAAGCAGUGGAGAUGCCACAUGCACCAGUUCUUCUGCAGGAUCUAUGUCAACAUGAGGAUCGAAGAGCUCUUCAGUAUAAUCCGAGAUUUCCCGGAAUCUAAAGCUGCUAUUGAAGAUCUCAAGUUUUGUCUUGAAAGAACCAACCAGAGACAGCAGCUUCUCACAUCAUUAAAAUCUGCUUUCGAGAGCCGUCUGCUUCACCCAGGAGUCCAUACAUCAGACAUCCUCACGGUUUAUAUCUCAGCCAUCAAGGCCCUCAGAGAGCUGGACCCAUCCAUGGUCAUCCUGCAGGUUGCUUGCCAGCCAAUCCGCAAGUACCUCAGGACUCGGGAGGACACAGUGAGACAGAUUGUGGCCGGUCUGACCGGAGAUGCUGAAGGCUGCACAGACUUGGCCUCUGAGCUUUCCAGAGGAGAUCCGGUGACUCUUGAGAUGCAGGACAGCGAUGAAGAAGGCAACGACCCAGAGGACUGGACUCCAGAUCCAACCGACGCUGUACCCGAUAAGAUGGGCUCAAAACGUCGUUCAUCAGACAUCAUCAGCUUGCUGGUCAGCAUCUAUGGCAGCAAGGACAUUUUUAUAGAUGAAUACAGAGCAGUGCUGGCCGACAGACUGCUGCACCAACUCAACUACAACACAGCCAGGGAAAUUCGUAAUGUGGAGCUGCUGAAGCUCAGGUUUGGGGAGUCUCACAUGCAUUACUGCGAGGUCAUGCUGAAGGACAUGGCGGACUCUCGAAGGAUCAACAGUAACAUCCGCGAGGAGGAAUCGAGGCUGAGCGAGGAGGAGCAGCCACCACUGUCCCUGUCAUCCAUCAUCCUGUCCUCUGAGUUUUGGCCUCCACUGAAGGAGGAGAAGCUGGAACUCCCCCCACUCGUCUGCCAGGCCAUGGAAGCCUACACACACCGCUAUGAGAAACUCAAGGCCAUGAGGACACUGAGCUGGAAGCCUCACCUGGGCUCAGUCACUCUGGACCUGGAGCUGGAGGACCGCACCCUCGCCAACAUCACCGUCUCCCCCAUCCACGCUGCCAUCAUCCUGCACUUUCAGGAAAAAACUUCUUGGACGUUGGAGGAGCUGAGCGUGAAGCUGGGCGCCCCGAAGGAGCUGGUGCACAGGAAGCUGGCUCUGUGGCAGCAGCACGGUGUGCUGAGGGAGGAGGCAGGAGGCCGCUACUACGUGGUGGAGACGGGCUCGUCCAAAGAGAAGAUGGAGAGAGGUGUGAUGCUGAUCGACAGCGAUGAGGAGAGAGACUCCAACACCACCACCCAGUCUGAGCAGAGGGAGGAGAAGCUGCAGUUGUUCUGGGCCUACAUCCAGGCUAUGCUGACCAACCUGGACAGCAUGACGCUGGACCGCAUUCACUCUAUGCUCCGGAUGUUUGUUGCCACGGGACCCGUUGUCACAGAGAUGGACGUCAAUGAGCUAGAGGCCUUCCUGCAGAGGAAGGUCAGGGAGCAUCAACUGAUGGUCUCUGCAGGCGUCUACAGACUUCCGAAAUCCAACUGAUGAAGAAGAGCAUGAGAGCGAAACAAGGACAAACUGCUCAAAAGUGACGCUGCAUCCAGUUGCUGUGGGAAAUAUAGGAAAAUGCUGUACCCCUCAGCUUCUGGGAAGAAACACUGUUAAAAUUGCUCAUUGUAGCUAUCAAUAAAUGACUGUUAUGGAGACAGAA